GGAAGGGCUAUAUCCGCGCAUGCCCGCUAGGCUCCGAGCGCAGAGUGAUAGGGACGGAGAGAGUGAGGAGCCGGGGAGGGAGAAAGAGGUGACGGCUCGGACCAGCUGCUCCCUCCUCUUGUGAGUCGCCCGUUCCUGUUGUCGGCCAGCACUGAUCGGUAUAGCAUGACGGAGCCGCAGUCGGCGCUCCUGCUGCGGAGGCAGUUAGCAGAACUAAAUAAAAAUCCAGUAGAAGGGUUCUCAGCGGGCUUAAUAGAUGAUAAUGACCUAUACAGAUGGGAAGUGCUAAUCAUUGGCCCUCCAGAUACCUUAUACGAAGGAGGGGUAUUCAAGGCUCAUCUUACUUUUCCAAGAGAUUAUCCCCUGAGGCCGCCAAAAAUGAAAUUUAUAACAGAAAUCUGGCAUCCAAAUGUUGAUAAAAAUGGUGAUGUGUGCAUUUCCAUUCUUCACGAGCCUGGUGAGGAUAAGUAUGGCUACGAGAAACCAGAAGAGCGCUGGCUUCCUAUUCAUACGGUGGAAACAAUUAUGAUCAGUGUAAUUUCUAUGCUAGCAGAUCCCAAUGGAGACUCCCCAGCCAACGUCGAUGCAGCAAAAGAGUGGAGAGAAGACCGUAAUGGAGAAUUUAAAAGGAAAGUUGCACGCUGUGUAAGAAAAAGCCAAGAGACUGCGUUUGAGUGACAUUUAAGCAGCAGCUAGUAGCUUCACAAUUUCAGGGUCUCCAUUUGAGAAACAAGGCACUGUUUUUCCUGCACUCUACCCACCUUUUGCUGGACUUUUUGUUGUAAUAAGUUGGCAAACGCUGGCUGGCAUCGGGGUUGCAAUAAAACAUGCCAGUUAUCAAUGCUGACAAGAGCCUAAUAAGUGCCAACUUAAAGGUGAUUUUCGCAUUUCAAAAUCUAAAGAACUGCUUUAAACUUCAGGAAGAAUUGUACAGACCUGUACAUAGCACAACAUGAUCCGGAUAAUAUAUAUACUGUUCAUGUACAUCCAUAAAUACACAUUGUACCAAAUAAUAAUGCUUUCUUGAUGUUAGGGUAUGUAAAGUCUUCUGAGAAUGCAUAUAGAGCAGAAAAUAUGAAGGAAAAGAAGAGAGCAUUUGUAGUUGGAAUUUCCCCAGAACAUCUGUUCAGCUUGAUCUCUUGGUGAUCUUUUCUCCUCUACCUGUUAUGUUAAAGGCAUGCAAGAACGGAGUCUGGCGGCUAUAUAGGUGCCACCUUCCUUAUCUGGCAAGUGCUCAGUGAGGUCUUUUCAGAUGUGUUUUUUCCUUCUGGUCUUAAAAUUAAACCUGUCUUCUCUAUGCAGAAAAGGCCACUUAUAAUGUUGAUGAAUAAUAAUCAAUGAUUUUAACUCCAUGCAGCAGGAUUUUAGAUUUGUUUUGUUUUAAAUAUUGGUUUACUGCGGCUAGUCAUGAAAUGGUUCCGUACGCAAUGACCCUAUAUCAGUAUCUUAAUGUCUGUAAUGCCACCCCUAUGAGAUGUUUCAUUGAGUGGUCACUGCAGGAAUUUGGUUACCUUUUUUUAAAAAGUGAUCAUCGAUAUUUUACCCCCAAGGGGAAUAAACUCUGGUAAUUAAACUCCUGAAGUGCCUUUAUGCAUC